AUGGAUAUAGCAACAAGUACUUCUUCAAUGCAUAUUAAAAAUGAACAUUUAAUUCCUCCUCCUACUACUACACCUUCGCCUGAUACAAUGCAAAUUGUUAACAUUAUGACUACUGCCACAACCACCACAACCACAUCAUCAAAAACCACUGUCGUUAACAACGGCAAUAAAAGAGAAAGGAAAUCUCGCAAACGUAAAUUGUCUGAAGACAAAGUCGCAGAAAAACAACAUUUAGAAGCCAAUGAAAUUCAUGCUACAGUAAAGCAUGAGAAAGAACAAAAUAACGAAGAACUAAAACCUUUAAAACGAAUACGUAUAAAACUUCCUGCUGCGAUUGUCGAAAAAGAUAUAGUUGAAUCAAAUGCUAAUAAUAAUUCUCGAAAACGACGACAUUCCGACGACGAAAAACCAGCCGAAUCCACCACUAUCGUACAACCAAAUAACAUUGGCUCAACAAAUAAUAAUUCCUCUGAAGAAACUAAUGCUUUUAAAAAACCACAAAUCAAUGAAUCACAAAUUGUUGAUGAUAAUAAUGCCAUUUCUUUAAUGGAAGGAAUUGAGCAUAAAUUCCUCGCCUCUAAUGAUCUUAAUAUUAAUAAAUCAUCAUCACAAAUAGAGCAAAAAUCUAUAAAUAAUAAUACUGAAUCGAUUAAUAAUGUUGAAUUUUCCGCCACCACUCAGCAACAACCAAUUGAUAAUAUAUACAUGACAGAUAGUCAAACUCGAAAAAGAGGCAGAAGGAAAAGAGACGAGGAAGUAAAAUAUUCUGAAUUUUCUGUCAUGACAGAUGAUGGCCUAUGGGUUCCUACUGACCCAGAUAAAACUGCAGCAAUAGAAUUACUAGAUUACUACAAUUCCAUUAAAAACCAAUUUCCAAAAACUACUCGUGCACAAUUACUUAAAAUAGGAACUUACAUCUUUGAUAAGAUUUUGACACAAGGUUUUGCUCGACCAUUCAUUAGUCCAGAGAAUGAGGCUGCUUAUGUAUACCAUCAAUAUAUUCACAAAUUGAUGGAUCUUACAACUGCUGAAAGUAAUUUAUGGUCUGGAAAUUAUAAAUCACCUGAUGAUAUAUUUAAAGAUAUAUUCCAAAUUAUGUUCAAUGCAUUUAUUUUUCAUCGCCAACCUGGUGUGAUUUACAAGGAAGCUGUUGAAAUGAAAAAGUUCAUCAAGGAAAUUUUAGAUCCUAUAAAUCAUGGAAGUAUCGAAACACGAAUGGAUAUAAUUGAUAUGAAAACGCCAUAUGAAGAAUUUCAGUCAAUAUCAUGUGUGAAUUUAAACUCUGUCAGUAAAAUUUUCAUAAUGCCAUUCUAUGAACUUUAUCAAUUGAAUAAGUCACAAUCAAUUAUGAAUUUCAAAGCUGCUGAAAGGAUAACAUUAUAUAAUGGACCAGUUUCUGAAGUUUUCAACAGAAAAAAUUUACCAGAAUAUGUAUUAGAUGAAUCAGCUACCAGUCAUAAUUUUGGUAGAGUCUAUGUUACAAAUAAACAAUCGCAAUUAGCCGAGUUAAUCAAUGACAAAAACGCAAUACUCUUGCUGCUUAAAGAUAUAAUAUGGAACUCUAAAACCAACUUGUUAAAAUGUAAGGUUUUAGUUGUUAAACCUUUUGGCAAAUGUCAUGACUUGGACCCGUGUAUUUUUAAUGAAUUAAAAGAUGGCAGAUGUUGGGUUAGAGUUGUUUAUUUGUACAAGGUUGACCUGGAUCUUGAAGUGACAAGAAAGUUUUAUGAUACACUUGCAAGUGCAAGAAAUCCUUUUUAUGCCAGGGAAUAUUCUCAUGAUAUGCUGACACCUGAAAUGCACCAAAAAUUUAUGUCAGAACUUAAUUUAUUAAAUAAAGAUGAUGGUAAUGAAAAAGGUAUUAUUUAUGGUGAAACACUUACACAAAUGACAGAUGUUGAUCAUCAUUAUCAUGAAACUAUUGCACAAAAGAAUAAAGAAGACAAAAAGAAUAAUAUCAAAAACAUGUGCCAAAAUUCUAAUAAUAAAAGUGCAACAACAACAUCACCUCGCUUUUCAAAAAGAAAUGCCAAUAACAACAAUAAUAAAGUUCAAUAUGAAAAUAAAAUUAAUGUCUUUGAGUCAAAGGAUCGAUCAAAAUCACAAACUCUAUGGGAGAAAUUAGUAGCUGAAGCAGCAAAUUGUAACGUUCCCAUUGAAAGCUUUAAUGUACCUGAUAAAGAUAUUAUUAAAAUCAAAGAAGGUUUUUUCAAGAAAGUUUACAAAUUAAAAAAUGAUAAAACUUUUGUAAUUCAAAGUUUUAAAGAUACAAGUAAUCAAACACUAGAGGCAAGGUUAAAAGAAGUGAUUUGUUAUCUCAAAACUUUUGAAGCACCCAAUACAGGACAAAUCCGAUCUAUUUACAAGGAUCCUGAUAAUGAUGAAAUUGAGCAUGUUUUUGAUACGUAUAAGAAAAUUACUGGUAAUCAGAAAUAUAAGAUGAUUCAUGAUUUAGUUGUUGGAAUGGGAGAAAUUCAUAAUUCAGGAUUUGCACAUCGUGAUUUAAGUGAAGUCAAUCUAAUGUUCACAGAAAAUGACGAUCUUGUUGUAAUUGAUUUUGGAAAAGCUGAAUUUACUAGUAAAGAUGAUGUUAAAAAAUGGGCAGUACGUGAAGUGUCAAAGGAACGACUCAAAUUGCUUCCCAAGAUUAGAGCCACUCCUGAUCAUGGAUACAAAUUAUAUCGUUCAUUUGCAACGCUUCCUCGUUCAAAGAGUGAUAAAAGUGAACUACCCAAUCCAAUAGAUCCAACAAAAGAAGAUAUUUUUUCCAUUGGGGUACUUAUAUGGAGAAUCUUUUCAUGUAAAAUUCCAUGGGGAGGAAUACUUGAUACUGAAUUGAAGGAACUCAGAAAAAUUGUUUCAAGUGAUAAAAUUAUCAAGUUUCAUGUUGAGAAACAUGUUAUAGGUGAUAAGUCAAGAGAAUUGCUUUACAAAGCACUUAAAGCAAAACCCGAAGAUAGGUGUAACAUAUAUGAGUUGUUGAGUUAUUUGGAAGAAAAUAAAGACGAAUUGAUUGAAGAAUGGGAUGUUUCUUCUAGAAGGGCUAUUAAGAGAACUUUAAGCAUCUGA